AUGAACUUAGACGUAGUUAAAACGGUCAUCGAACAAGCUCUGUCCGCAGUCCCGCCUGCUCAGGCUUCGGGUAUGCUGGUGGAAAUGUGGAAGGAAUGUAACAACGUUUCGUUGAUUCCCAACAUUGAAAAAAUCAAGAAUUUCCUUGUGGACAAAUUGAAAGAAUUUGACAAUGAGGACACGAAGUUAUAUGAGAUUGAGGAGGCCUGCAUGGGCGGAAGCUCAAGAUUUGAUGCAUUCGAAGCGGCUGUAGCUAAGACACCCACGGAAAAGAUGUAUCGUCUUUAUUUGGAGUGGCUCCGCGAGUUGUCGACAAAAGAUGCCUUCUCUGAAAUGAAGACGCGGGCUCUGUUGAGGAAGAUCUGUGAAGGUGGCUGGAUGACAAACAAAGAUUGGGUAGAACUUGAAAAGUCCAUGGAAGAAGCUGAAGAUGAGUUUGACGAUCAGUUUCUCGAAAAGUGUUUGCAGCAAAAACCAGAAUCUGCUAAACUAUGGCAGAUAUAUCUUGAAAGGCGAUUAGAAGGCAGCAGUGAUCCG